AGUGAUGAUAUAACCAAGAUCUCAAAGGCUGCCAAAAUAAUGGAGCGGAUGGUGAAUCAAAACAUAUUUGAUGACAUUGCACAAGAUUUUAAGUAUUUUGAGGAUGCCUCGGAUGAAUACAGAGACCAGCAAGGAACCCUCCUCCCACUCUGGAAGUUCCAGUAUGACAAAACCAAGAGACUUGCAGUUACCGCCAUCUCCUGGAAUCCAAAGUACAAGGACCUAUUUGCAGUGGGGUAUGGCUCUUAUGACUUCAUGAAGCAGGGCCAGGGCAUGCUCGUGCUCUACACUAUGAAGAACCCCUCCUUCCCAGAGUAUGUCUUCAGCAGUGAAAGUGGCGUCAUGUGCCUGGACUUCCAUAAUGACCACCCUUACCUCGUGGCAGUGGGCUUCUAUGACGGCAAUGUGGCCAUCUACCACCUGAAGAAGGCAACCUCCCAACCCAGCUACAAGAGUAGUGCUAAGUCAGGAAAGCACACAGAGCCAGUGUGGCAGGUCAAGUGGCAGAAGGAUGACAUGGACAACAAUUUGAACUUCUUCUCUGUCUCUUCGGAUGGGCGGAUUGUUUCAUGGACUUUAGUUAAGAAUGAGCUGGUUCAUACAGAUGUCAUCAAGCUGCCAGCAGACGGGUCAACGGUGCAGGGGCCAGAGGGGCUGCAGCUGCAAACAUUUGGCUGCGGGACAUCAUUUGAUUUUCACAAAAAGAUAGACUAUUUGUUUCUUGUUGGUACUGAAGAGGGAAAAAUCUACAAGUGUUCAAAAUUCUAUUCAAGUCAGUUUCUGGAUGUGUUUGAAGCCCAUCACACGGCUGUGGAUUCAGUCAGCUGGAAUCCCUACCACUCAAAAGUCUUCAUUUCCUGCAGCUCUGACUGGACAGUCAAGAUCUGGGAUCACACCAUCAAGACUCCGAUGUUUAUUUAUGACCUGAAUUCUGCUGUAGGGGACGUUGCGUGGUCCCCUUACUCCUCCACGGUCUUUGCUGCAGUCACCACUGAUGGAAAGGCCCAUGUGUUUGAUCUGAGCGUUAACAAGUAUGAAGCUCUAUGCACCCAGCUAGUGGUGGCCAAGAAGAAAAAUAAAAUAACCCAUAUCCAGUUUAACCCUGUCUACCCUAUUGUCAUCAUUGGAGAUGAACGAGGCCACGUUACCUCCUUGAAGCUCUCUCCCAAUCUGCGCAGGAUGCCUAAGGAGAAGAAAGGCCAGGAGGUGAAGAAGGGCCCCGAGGUGGAAAUUGCGAAGCUGGACAAGCUGCUUAACCUGGUGAGAGAGCCGGAGAGCAAGGCAGGGAAGACAGAAAGCCCCAGCCUCGCAGCUCCCCGCUCUGCCAAGGGCAGAGCCCCCAGGCGGCACGGCUCCAAUCCCCGCUCCGUGGGAGGGCACCGGGCCGCAGAAAGCCCGCACGGACCCGAGCGAGCCAGGCGCUGA